AAAGAUGCGCACAUCCCCCCUUGUUCUCGAGCGCCAACAGCGUAAAAUGCACACUCCCUCUGCUGUUCGAGUAGAACGCCUUCAGGGCAAGAUGUGGUCACGUGCCGCCCCCCAGCGAGUCGCCGCUCAAGUUAUGCAGCAGAAAAAAUAUGGAAUGACUCCUGUCGAAUCAGCUCUCCUUGCACCAUUAAUGAACAAAUACCAAGCAGCUCAGCAAGCACAGGGUAAGAUGUAUUCCAGACCUGCAGUUCAACAAGAACGCCUUCAGAAUAUGAUGUAUUCCAGACCUGCUGUUCAACAAGAACGCCUUCAGGCUAUGAUGUACCCCACCCCUGCUGUUCAGCAAGAGAAUUCUCAAGGAAACAUGUACGCACCUGCUGCUUUUCAACAAAAACGCAAUGAGUUUUUGAAUCACUACAGUGCCCACGCAGCAGCUCAACAGGGCUCUCAUGCACAUUCUUUCCUGUACAACAUCAAUCACGGGGACGGCGGCAGCCACUACAGGUCAGAAUCUGGUGACGGAAACGGCAACGUGGUUGGUUCAUACACCCUCUCAGGACCCGACGGCCGAUACAGAUUGGUGAAGUACUUGGCCGACGAAGGCGGAUUCCGAGCCAUCGUCAAGACCAAUGAACAUGGCACCCGAGAGGAAUCCCCCUCUCAUGCCCAGUUCGUCUCUUUAGUUUAACGGAAAUUGCCCAGUUCUUGCUAAAGAUCCAUCUUCAACUUCAGUGGUCUUCAAACUCGCCAAGGAAACUCUUGGAACUGUUUGGUUUUGGGAGAGGAGGGGGAGCUUCAUCACUGCGCCAGAACAAAUUGGUCAUAAAUUAACAGUUGAAAUAGAUCAGUGUGAUACUUUAUGAGUGAAAGGUAAAGUAAUUAAGCAGUCUUGAUGAAAAAUUUGGAAACAUAUAAUUAUUGUAAAAACUGCCAUUCUUCUUGCUCCAGGUUUCGUCUAUCCUUGCACAUUAUUUUAAUCAAUGAAAUGUGCUUGCUUUUCUUUACACUGCUUUACUCGCUGGGCUUCUAAAAAGUAUUACCUUCUAUAGAAUCAUCUGAUUAAUUCAUGUGCUUUCAUUUUUUUA